CUGCUGGUGGGAUGUGCGCUGUCACGCGCCGAAGGGGCCAAUGAAAUGAAGAAAACUCAGUAGCGGACGGGAAGAGCAUUAUUUUUAACAGCGCCUAUGGGAACACAAGAGAAACUGGAUAAAUAGGUUUCUGGAGUAAAAAUGGCCAAAAACACAUCUCUUUAUUUUCGAAUUGUCGAGGGAAGGAACCUCCCGGCCAAAGACGUCUCCGGGACCAGUGAUCCAUACUGCAUUGUGAAAGUUGACAAUGAGGUUGUGGCCAGGACUGCCACAGUGUGGAAGAACCUUAAUCCUUUCUGGGGUGAAGAGUAUACACUACACCUCCCGAUGGGGUUCCAUUCACUCUCCUUUCUUGUCAUGGAUGAGGACACCAUUGGCCAUGAUGAUGUUAUUGGAAAGAUUACACUUAGCAAAGAAGCCAUUGGAUCUCAAGCUAAAGGGCUAGAUAGUUGGAUGAACCUGACAAGGGUUGACCCUGAUGAUGAAGUCCAGGGGGAGAUCCACCUGAGUCUGGAGCUGCUGAAAGAUACAGAGAAGAUCAGUCUGCGAUGUCAAGUCGAUGAAGCCAGAGAUCUGGCUCCAAGAGACAUUUCUGGAACCUCUGACCCAUUUGCAAGAAUUAUUUUCAACAGCCACAGUGCAGAGACCUCGAUAAUCAAGAAGACCCGUUUUCCUCACUGGGGAGAGACUCUGGAGCUGGAGCUGGAUCCAGAGGAGCCAAUUGAGGAGGGAAGUGUCACUGUGGAGGUCUGGGACUGGGACAUGGUGGGCAAGAAUGACUUUCUGGGAAAGGUGGACAUACCUUUUUCUUGUUUGCACAAGACACCUCUGUUACAGGGCUGGUUUCGUUUGCUACCCUUGAGAAACAAUGAGGCUGAUGCGGGUGGCAAGCUGGGAGCGCUGCGUUUGAAGGUGCGUUUGGUGGAAGAUCGGAUUUUACCGUCUGUGUACUAUCAGCCCCUCAUUGACCUUCUGGUUGAGUCAGUCAUCUCCCCUACAGAGGUGGAGGAUAGCAGUGCUCUGACUAUGUUGGAGGAGGUGACCACGGUUGAGAGCCGGCAGGAUGUGGCAAUGACCCUGGUGAAGAUCUAUUUGGGCCAGGGCCUGGUGGUGCCCUUCCUGGAUUACCUUAACACCCGGGAGGUCAACCACACCACUGAUCCAAACACUUUAUUUCGAUCCAACUCACUUGCCUCCAAGGCCAUGGAACAAUUUAUGAAGGCUGUUGGCAUGCUGUAUCUGCAUGAGGUGCUGAAGCCUAUCAUCAAUCGCAUCUUUGAUGAGAAGAAGUACAUUGAGUUGGACCCAUGCAAGAUUGACCUGAACCGCACAAGACGAAUUUCAUUUAAGGGUGCAGUGUCAGAGGCAGAGGUGCGGGACAGCAGUGUGGAGUUGCUGCAGUGCUACUUAACCAGCAUCACUGAAUCAAUUGUGAGCUCAGUGGAUCAGUGUCCUCCUGUCAUGAGAGUGGCCUUCAAACAACUGCACAAGAGAGUAGAGGAGCAAUUUGCAGAACCUGAGAACGAGGACGUGAAGUAUUUGGCCAUCAGUGGUUUCUUCUUCCUGCGUUUUUUUGCUCCUGCAAUCCUCACUCCUAAACUGUUCCAGCUGAGGGACCAGCAUGCUGACACGCGUACAAGCAGAACACUGUUACUGCUGGCCAAGGCAUUACAAAGUGUCGGGAACUUGGGCCUUCAGCUGGGUCACGGAAAGGAGCAGUGGAUGGCGCCGCUUCAUCCCAUUAUCCUUCGCAGUGUGGCCUCAGUCAAAGACUUUCUUGACAAGUUGAUCGACAUAGAUCAUGAUACUGUGUCCGAGGUGCCUCAGAGGGCUGUCAUCAUGCCCUCAGUCACAGUUAAAGAGGGGUAUCUCCACAAAUACAAGACAGAGGGGCCCCAACUGCUGUCUCGCUUUGCCUUUAAGAAACGCUACUUCUGGCUGACUAGUGAGAUGCUGUCCUACGCCAAGACCCCUGACUGGCAGGUGCACUCCUCAGUCCCUAUUCAGUGCGUGUGUGCCGUGGAGAGAGUGGACGAAAAUGCCUUUCAACAGCAGAAUGUAAUGCAGGUCAUCACCCAGGACAAUGAUGGACAGCUGAACACCAUGUACAUCCAGUGCAAAAAUGUGAAUGAGCUGAAUCAGUGGCUGUCAGCGAUCAGGAAAGUCAGCAUCUACAAUGAGCACAUGCUGCCCUCUUUCCACCCAGGGGCCCACCGCAGCGGCAAGUGGACCUGCUGCCUGCAGGCCGAUCGUGCUGUUACAGGCUGCAGUAGAAGCCACUCUGCUGUGACUCUGGGUGACUGGAGUGACCCACUGGAUCCUGACGUUGAAACACAAACCAUAUUCAAACAGUUUUUACAGGGCAGAGACAAACUCAGGAAAAAAUAUCUAGAGGUGCCAGAAUCUGAUCAGACAUACAGCAAUAGAGAAAAGGUCAAUCCUGACAUCCACCCAGAUGGUGCAGAAUGCACGGUUCAGCUAAUGAAGCCAGGUCAGAGUGUUGCCACUCGGCUGUUGGCGGUGAUAGCAGACCUGGAGCAGGCUCACGCCACCUUCCAGCGCAGAGAAAAGGAGGACACCACCAGUGUCAUUUUGAAUCCCUAGACUCGACAUAGACUGGGAUCCACUAAUGCUUGAGGGGGUGGGGCCCAACAUCCUGCACCAAAGCAAGUGAGAACCAGGUAGUCACUCUGUUGAUUGUCAGUGAAAAGUGGACACACCACAGGGUGCAACCUCUUACAGCCUUUUAGGGAAUCUUACUGUAUUCCCUGACUGCCACCAUCUUCAACAGCGCUGGGGAGAGAUUAUGGUUCUUUAUGAUAAGAGGGGUUAAGGCGCUUUGAAGCAUGAUCUGACAAUAUUUUUUAUGUAGAUAACAAGCAAUCUGUUGCAUGGCCUGCAUCCACUUGUUGUGAAAUGUGAAAAGAAGCUUUUAUAUUUUGAGAUACUGUACAGGACCUCGGUCACACAUUUUUAUGCAAAAAGCUUGUAGUAGUGUGAUCUACAGUACCUGAAUGUAAGGUGUUUUGAUAUUGCUGUUAUCAAUGUUUUGUAGUUUAUUGAGACAGUUUAUCACCACGGCCACAAUGUAGCAGUGACAUUAACAUCAUACGUAGUUCAUACUACCAUGAGUUUAUGAAAUGCUAGUGCACAUGCUGCAGUAUAAUGCUGUCUGUACAGAAGCAAAAUUAAUAAUUUUUUACAUUUUUUGCUUUGCUCCCUUUAUACUAAAAUGUGCUUCUGUUUGGUGCUAUGGCCAGUCAACUUAAAUAUUUGCUUCUGAUGUAAUUCAUAUUUAGCCAUUCUUAAAGUUAUAUGGGUAAUAUUUACCUGUUACCAAUAUACAGUGACAUCCAUACAUACAGUACUAUAACUGAGACAAAAGACAUUAGAGUUAUGUGAGAUAUUCCCAUCUGAUAAGUUUACAUUUUCUUGCAAUUUUGGUGCCACUACAUUUGGCUCACAAGUGUCAGCAUAUGUCUGAGAUGCCAAAUUUGUUUUUAGUAACUGAAAAGCUUUUGAUUUUGAGCCAUUCAAAUUCUUCAGUUUUUUGGGUGUCUGUGAGACAAAACUGUACCCAAAGCCAUUUCCCAUAGUGAGUCAUGUUCAGUGUCUUUCCCUUAAUCACAGAAGGUCACUGAGUGUAAUGGAGAGAAUAGCUGUGAUUUCUCAGACAGCGUCAGCUGCUGCCCUGCCUCUGGAGCUGUGUAUGUUUGAUUCUGUUGCAGCAACGUGGAGUAAAACUUCUUCCUGCCUUAGAUGUAACACUGUUAUACACACACCAAGACAAUCACUAGGCUAUAUUAACAUUAAUAACAUUAUUUCCUAAGUGUUUUGGUAUUUGCAGUUUCCCAAAAUUUGUUUUAUUGAUUUGCCUCUUCAUUCUUUUAAAUACUAGAGUAAGCAUGAUAUGUGAGUUGUGAACUUAAUUUAUAUUUACCAAACAAGGUCUCUUAUGAUAAAAAAGUUAAGUAUGCCACUGCCUGUAUUUUAU